AUGUCGAACCCGGGCACCAGCUCGUCGUCUUCUGGCUCGGCUGGACAAGCUCAGCAACCAGCCAAGGGACCCUCGCCUUCUGCCUUUCAGAAGCGCUUCCCGCGAAUGGCCUUCGUAGCCAACAAGGUCAUCUCCUCGCGCACAGGCCGCACUACCGCCAAGGCAUGGUCCUACCGCCGACCCCUCCUCUUCGGCUUCUUUGCUACAUACACGGCGAUCGGAUACCUCAAGCUCAAACGCGAUGCCUACCUCCGCGACAUCAUUCAUCCCGACACCUACCUCGUAUGGAAGAUCUACGAUGGUUCCAUCGUCGAAUCGCGUGGACCUCCUUCGGUCAGCGCGCUCAUCAAUGCUCCUGCUGCAGGCGAGGAGGCGCCCAGGGUCAUGGAGAUGUUCGAAGUCAUCAGAGCACUCAAGUGGGCACAGGCGGACGACAGAAUCAAGGGUAUCUUUGCCGACUUCAGCGGACUGCAUCUGCCAUCGUCAGUGACGCCAAAUCGACUCGGAAUGGCACAGAUCGAAGAGUUGAUGCAGGCUGUUCACGAAUUCAAGCAGGCCAAGAAGCAGCAACACGGUGACAAGGCGAAACCUUCGAUCGCAUGGGCUGACACCUUUGACAGUCAAGGCUCUUUCCUGCUUGCUUCGGCGUUCGACGAGCUGUGGAUGCAACCCACCGGCUCUGUGCCACUGACCGGUCUUAGCGCUCAGAUCCCCUUCUUCAAGAAAGUGCUCGACUACUUCGGCAUCAAGGUGCUUGCCGAGGCACGAAGAGAGUACAAGUCGAUGAUCUCCACCUUCAGCCGUGAAGAGUCGCUUCCAGCCCCACAAAUCCAGAACGAAGCCGAGCUUCUCGGUGAGCUGAAUCGUGGACUGGUACAUGCAGUUGCUGUCAACAGAUACCCGGACGAGGAUCCCGAUGUCAUGUCUGGCAAGGUCGAGGCUUGGAUGAAGGAAGGCCCCUUCUCCACUCGCGAGGCCAAGGAGCUCGGCUUGAUCAACGGCGCCGCUUUCAAGAGGGACAUCGUCAAGAGGCUCGUAGAUCCAAAGCAUGGCGGCAGCGAAGAGAUCAAGUUCAAGUCGCUUCACCACUACAACACCGUCAAUAACCGCCAUCUCGAGAGACACCUCUCCGAUGAUGAGGUCGUCCAAGUCGGGGUCGUGUACCUUCUUGGUACCAUCAGCUCGGCACCUGGCGAAUUCUCCACCUCGUCGGUGCUCAAAGGUCUCAAGGAGGCUGCUGAGCACGAAGACAUCAAGUCCAUCGUCCUGCGAAUCGACUCCGGAGGCGGAGACGUUGUGGCGAGCGAGUCCAUCUGGGACGCUGUGCGACGUGUUCGUGAGGAUUACGGCAAGCCGGUCGUGGCCUCUUUCGGUAAUGCCUCUGCUUCUGGAGGCUACUACGCUGCUAGUGCUGCUGAUGCCGUUCUUGCUUGCGAGAACACGAUCACCGGCUCCAUCGGCGUGGCAUCGCUGCGACCUACCAUCACGCGUGCCUUCUUUGACAAGUUCAACGUCGGCAUCCAGUCCUUCUUCACCGGCUCGACGUCGCAGUCGACGCUCCACGAGCUCAACGAAGCGCAGCGCGCCAAGUCGUCCAAGCACAUCGACGAGAUGUACGACGAUUUCUUGCAAAAGGUCUGCGAUGGACGAAGCAUCUCGCGCGACGUCAUCGAGAGCUUAGCUGGAGGUCGCGUCAUGACUGGUCUCAGUGCUUGGGCUCGAUGCAACCCGGAUGCCGAGGUGGAUCAGGUGCAGCUCAGCAGCGCCACCCCACAGGCCGAACAAAUAGUCGAGCUCGCUCAAGAAGCGCAAGCAGAAAAGGCUGCAAGCGCUGGAGGUGCAACCGACCGUCAAGUGCAAGAGUCAGUGAAGUCGGCAGUGCGCCGCAUCAAGGCCGUCAGUCUUACCAGCAAGUGGAGGACAAAGGAGGUGACAGCGAGCAGCGGCAACAUCACCAUCAUGAUCGAGCGCGUCGGUGCCAAUCAAGAGUCUGCUUCAUCAUCUAGCCAGAGCAGCAGCGGCACCAGCAACGGCAGCGAGAACGGCGGCAUCCUUUCCGACUUGAUCGCCAAGGCAGAGGAGGCUCUUCUAGGCCGCUCCGACUCUAGACCUAGCUCUGAUGCCAGCAGUGCCGUGUCUGCCGGCGCGGAGACCAGCAAACCACUCAACGGCGUGCAAAAGCUCAAGAAGCGUAUGGAGGAGGAGGAGUCGCGUCUUGCCGUCGCAGCACACUCGGCAGCUGAAGAUUCACGCAAGCCUCCAUCCGACAGCGACGAAGAAGUCAAGACACCAGGUGUCGCUGCAAGUGAGGCGGGCGAUGCUGCUGCUCAGAAGCUCGGACCGUACGGCAGGGGUCUUGUCGACUCGAUCGGAGGUAUUUGGGACUCCGCCUACUACGCAAUGACUCUCGCUGUCCAAGCCGAGAUCGAGGCCAUGGUGACCAAGGACAAUCUCACGCUCGAGCAAGCCACCGCCAAGAUUCGACCGGGAGCUAGCCGCGAAGUCACCGAGGAUGGCAUGCUUGCGCUCGCCACCGACUUGAGGCUAGUGCGCUUCCCCGAAGACAAGCCAUUCUGGAAGAAGGUGCAGGAGCUCAAUGCCAAGGGUGACCAGCCGCAAUUGUCUCUGCUGCCGACAGCGGUGAGCAACACGGUGGCCUUGAUGCUGCAGGAAGCUGGCGAGAAAGCAGCCAGAGCAGCGGUCAGGAUGAUGAUCGCUACAGCAGCAGACCCAAGUGGCAUCGCCGCUGCGUUUGAUGACCCGCAGCUGGCGCAGAAGCUGCGCAACAACAAUGGUCUGGGAGCAGGAAACACGAGAGGCCGGACUAGAGCAGAAUAUCCUCUGGCCUCCCUCUUCACCUAG